AUGUCACGGAGUGACGUCGCUGUUGAUGCAAAUGUACUAGCCACUCUAUCCACCAGCUCAACUAAAGUAUGUAAGGUCAGAUCGGCCAGCUCCGGCGGCAGGUUCUCGAAUCGAGCCAUUUUGUGCGGCAGAAGACUUCGCCGAGAGCUUGUAGAACCUUCAAGGUCUGUCCGGGACGCCCUUGGGCUCACCAGCCGGGGUCUUUUUGCGCUCUCAAGCUCGCUGAUUUGCUUUCUUCGGAGCGGCGAGCCUGAACGACGAACAGGAGAGAGGCGCAAAAGAUCUGGCGCUCCCUCCGGCGCAAGGCGGCCAGCACCUUGUAUUGUGGGGUCUGGAGCGGAGAUUUGGGCCAUGGAAGAAAUGUGGUGUAUGUUAAAACAGAUGCAGGCAAAUCAACAUACGACAAUGGAGAGGCUGACACUCAAAUUGGCUGAGACACUCAAAUUGGCUGAGGAAAAGAGCCAAUGCUUUCGCUUUGGUGGUACAAUAAUCAAAGAGACAAGUAUUGAAGGAUAA